GAGGUCUGCCAUGGGAGAUACGGCUGCUUUGGCCUCCAUCCAAAUCUUCUGGUGUUUUUUCCACAGGCACCCUCCCGGGUUGGUACAACAUUUCACCUGUAUACCAGGAACAACAGACAGACUUCUCAAAUCAUUGAUGACAGCGACGUAAACAAGCUCAGGAAUUCAUUCUUCAAGAUCUGCAGACGAACGAUUUUUAUUAUUCAUGGAUUUAGAAGUUGAGAUUUAAAGCAUUUAAUAAUUUUAAAGUUGACUAGACUUGUUAGUAUACAUUUGGCACAUUAGGAGCCCCUUGGAGAACAGAGUUACAUACAUAGUGAACCAUUCGCUCGCCGUAGUCCGCCAUUUUAUCUUAUAUUUUAAGAUGCAGACGUCGUCGGGAACAAUUGAAUUUCGCGGGAAAGGCUUAUCUAAAAAUAAACAUACCAGUGAAAACGCCGUUGCACGUUCCAGAUCAUGGGCUCCUGUUGCAUUACAAUAAUGUUACGGCAAUGAAAAGACGGGAAAAGACAGACGCGUUCUAUGUAACUGUGGCCUUAGAGUAGAGAUCUAGCCUAGAGGCGACAUUGCCAAAAAAAAUUAGAUGGGAUGGUUCGCAUAGUAUAAAAGCGCUAUCGAGGUGGUCAGUUCUAGCUUAGCCUAUAUAUGGACAAAAUACUCUGGUGGGACCAUUCAAAUGAAAGCUAGUGAACAGUGCUUGCAUAUGGCGAUAUGUUUUGCUAGUAAUCAGCAAAAUCAAAUUUAAGCAUUUUGUCAAAUUUUGACUGUGCUGUGGUCACUAGACGUGUAGUCUGUCGGAAAUGGAAGGUUUAAAACAAACAGUCCAUGAUCAGUUUAACUUAACUGUUGGUCUGAGUCUCAAUGGUUCAUCAAAGACUUGAAUUGCCUGUGCAUGUUGUUUUCGAAAAAAAUGACUAAUCGAAGUUUUUGUGUUUUAAAUAGGCGACAUAAGUGGUAAUUUUAUGAGAAUCAAAGACGCGCUGUUGAAUCGUGAAAACUGUAAUGUGAUUCUGGUAGACUGGUCAAGAGGAGCUGACUUCCCAUAUGGUCAAGCCGCUGGCAAUACUCGGCUUGUUGGGGCUCAGAUCGGAGAGCUCAUAAGGUUCCUCAUUGCAAGUUUUUCUCGCCCUCCUAGUGAUGCUAGAAAUUUUUACAUUGUGGGGCACAGCCUUGGAGCGCAGACUGCAGGAUACGCUGGGAGUUAUUUGCGGGCUCGUGGAUUCAGCUUGGGCCGCAUAACAGGUAAAUAAUAAAGUACGUGUUAAAAACUGGAAAAAAAGGAACAUGUCAGUACACUCAUACUUGGUCAUGAUAACUAGCCAUAAUUGGAUGACGCUGAGUGUGAUAUGAAAAAUAACUGAGAUCGAGGAUAGUGUUAUUGGCCGAGAGGGGGAUCACUCUCCUAGAUCUGCAAAGCUAUUUAGAUCAUUCGAAAGCCGAAUCCAAUAAUUCGGCCAAUAACACCUUCCUCGAUCUCCACAAUUUUGUUUCUUGGUGUUGGAGACGGGUGUAAUCACCAAAUGACGUAAUACAAAAGACUGAAAAGACAACAAACAAUUUGCACUUACACCAAAAGCGAAACAGCAAUAGUUUCUGAAAUACCAAGAGACAUCGAACCCAACAUAAUUGUUAUAAUAUUCAUAAAAUAUAUAUAUAUUAUUUAAACAUGCUUACCUUAAUCGUUGUUAAGUUCUGGUUGUUUUCAUUGGUCUAUCUGUUCCUUUGUAAAUUCAUCAUAUAAAGAGAUGUUAAUACUCCACUAGAUACUCUUUAAAUAGCAGUUGUCAACUGUUCCGCGUUUUUUUUUUGUUUUUGCUUUUCUUGCUGAUUUUACUCAGGGGUUCCUCUUCGCAAAAAGUCUGAAAAGUUAAGCCCACAAAUUCCCCCAAAAGCUGCGUGUUCCAAAUUUGGUCAAAGCUAUUGAAGCUGGUUAUGGAGAAUUAUUCGCGGGGUUUUAAGCCAAUCAGAAAUGGAGAUGUAUUUUGUUUGAAAAAUAUAAGCAUUAAGCAUUUUUAUUGGCUGUUAGGCUUAGAUCCCGCCAGUGUGCAUUUCAUAACAGACCGAACGGACUUACGCCUUGAUGAAAGCGACGCUCUGUAUGUUGAUGUGAUUCAUAGCAAUGCAGGGGUUUUGGGUACCACCAUUGCAAGCGGUCACACCGACUUUUGGCCAAAUGGAGGAAUCCUUCAACCAGGCUGCCAAGAACCUGGUAAGCAAUUAAAAAGUAGAGACAAUUAUCAUAUAUUCACUCGAAAUAUUUCUUAUCCUCCUAUAGGUAAAGUAUUUUAAGAUAGUCUUAGAUUCUGGAUUACUGAGCUGUGAACUGGUCCAGAUUCCAGGUGCUGGAUUUCGGAUUCUUUGUCAGUGGAGUUGAACCAGGUGGAUUCCAGAUUCCUUGAACUGAGUUCCGCCAUUCCAUGAGCGAAAAUGUCCCGGGGAUCCGGACUACCUUACAUAGGGCGACUCUUACUUUAAUGAUAUAUAGAUUUAGCCAGAGCUAAAAAACGAAGCUUCCGUUUAAGCAUUUUAAAUUUACUGCAGACAAUGGACUUGAAACUACUGAAAAGACCACAAAUUUAUACAGCUAUUCCGAGAAAGGUUGUCGGAAAAAGUGCACGCGACAAUUCCGAAAGGUAUUGUGGGUGGUUUUGAGUUCACUGUUCUUCAAAGAAAUUUGAAAGAAUGACACGAGAGGCCAUGGACGUACGUUAGCGAGUGCUUAAAGGAAAGCAACAAAAGUAGGUUCGACAGCUACAGUGUCAAGGACAGUGUAUUGAUCAUAUCCCAUGCUACCUUUCGGGAUUGCCGCGCCCACAUUUUUUCCGACAACCUCUCUCGAAAUAGCUGUAUAACUUCACGGGAAAACCACGAAUACAAAACAUAAAAUUGAGCUCGCGAUCAAGUAAAAACUAGCAACUGGUCAGCUGUAAACUAAAAAACACGUGACCUCAAUGAGUUGGCACCUUAGCCUGCGAUACGGUCAUGUGGCACUGGUCAGCGGAUACCUUGUUUUACAUGACGUACGUACCUUUUAACACGUGUCAAUUGACCAUAAUAUGGAUGUCUAUUAUCAGGUUAAAGACAGGUUACAGGCUCCAACACUAACUAGAAAAUUUGACGUUUCACAUUGGUUUCCCUGCCUGGUGGGUGGACGGGCGUACGGUCACGUGAUAACCAAAAUUUUUCGGAUGGAAAGAUAACCAAGUUUUUCAGGUAUUGGGACUCCGCUAAAAAUGAGGGCUUUCUGUUAUCUACCUACAAAUUCUCAGUUUUGUUGACCAUAUUAGAGGUUGAAUAGAAGUUUUAUGCCAUCCACGCUUUUGAAUUUAUUGGUUGAAUACAUUUCCCUUCAAAGAGGCCUUAAAAGGGAAAUACUUAAGUAAAAAGGAGUCUGAUAAAAUCAAUAAGUUGGUAAACAAAUUAAUAAUCAAUUGUGCUCGUUAUUCUUUUAGGUUGCAGUCACAGCAGGGCGCAUUCGUACUACCUCGACUCUGUUAUAGGAUCAUGUUCCUGGAGAGCCUAUUCGUGCGCUAACUACGUCAUAUUUCUGACCGGAAUUUGCAGAAGCUGUAAUGGAGAAUGUCCAAGCAUGGGGUACGAUGCUGAUCGUACUAAAAGAAGAGGCCGCUUCUACUUACUAACAACCUCGAGUGCCCCUUUUUGUGGUAUGUACUCUAUUAAUAAUGACACAUUCGUGUAAGCCGGCCUUUCGACUGAUCUGCUAAUGUUAUAGCUUUUUUUGCCCCGGGGUCUGUAUACGGGGAAGCUCCGCCUCAAAGUCCGACCUCUCACCAUUUAUAUAUUUAUUUUUUUAAAGAGUAAAAAUUGGCAAUGGGGUGUUAGCUGACCGAACUGGUUAAUGUGUAUAACUUUUCUACCCUUAUUUCUUUCCUUCUCAAAUCAACCCCAACCCCCAGCCCCCCAAAGAAGCAAACAAACUGCCCCUUUAACGGGGUUUCUGCAACAUCGAAACUGCGAGAGGUAGUAUUGCCACUUCUUUUUAUUUACUCGAGUCGACCAAAGUCAGCAUGCUCAUUCCGGCUUAAACAUAUUCCAGUGUUAAGGAGAUUCCUAUAAUUUGUGAUCAUUUCCUAUAUUCUCAAGACCGUUCUGUUUGGUUAAACUGUGAAUCUCCAAGGAGAAAUAAGAUGCUGAUCAUGCGUAAAAAGAUUUUUUUUAUCAUAAAAGAUAAAAGAUCCUCUCUUUUAUUUGAUUAUUGUCACUAGUACUGACAUCUAGUGCAUGAGAUAUGGAAUUGAUACUUUUGCUUAAGGUAUCUUGCCAAACGAAACACUCCAAAAAAAAAUAAUGAAAGGUUAAAUUCACAACUGGCAAAAGCUCGAUCACAUGUGCCUACACUUCUAUGCUCUAAGUGCGUGGGCGAAAGAGCUUAAUAGGUUAUUUCUCCUUUAUUGCAGGAAGGUCACCCUGACGCCGAUGGAAAUCAAAGAGUAGAUCUCGACCGGACAAAUGGUGCAAUUUAUUUGCUUUGUUGAACUGGAUUGAUAAAUGUGAAAUUUAAUUCCAGAUUAGUGUCUUCCUGUCUGUAAUAAACUGGAUAAAAGGAUUUGAAGCGUAAAUGUAUUCAUUUCAUUUACCCCCGUAUAUUUAAGACUGUCUCUUAUUUUCGUUUUGAGUCGGCAGUAGAUCGAUUUCACGGGCGAGUGGCAAGCGUCGAUGCGAAGCCGUAAGGAACGAGGGAGGUGCCCGAGCAAAGAAGAAUAAGGGAGCAUGGACAAAAUAAUCCCCUUUUCUCUCUCCGCCCCAAUCUCUCCUCCUUUUUGCUGUUAAUUGCAGGGAAAAAAAGGCCAUUAUUCUUCCUUAGCGCCGCCUCCCGACGUAAAUGUUGUUCACAAUAGGGCCAUUUAUACGAGGAAAAAUAAGACGCGUCUUACAUAAGACGCGUCUUAAAUAAGACGCGAACUGUGCUAUUUAUACGAGCAUGUCUUAUCUAAGACGAGAACAGCUCGUAUAAAUUAAAUGGUUCGCGUCUUAUUUCUGUUCUUGACUCGUUUUCAUGUGAAUGUUGCCCGUAGUAUGGCAAUCCAACGUGGCGCGCAAAAAAUUUACGCAUGCGUACUAUGCGUUCGCGUCUUACCUAAGACGUGAAGGUCAUUUAUACGAAGUUUUUCUCGUCUUAGCUAAGACGCGUCUUAUCUAAGAACAGGUGUUAAGGGCUGUUCUAAAAUAAGACGCGUCUUAGCUAAGCCACGUCUUAUUUUUGACGAAAUGUGCCGUUUAUACGGAAAGUUCGUGUCUUAUUUAAGACGCGACUUACGUAAGACGCGUCUUAUUUUUCCUCGUAUAAAUGGCCCUAAUGUCGCUGAUUGAUUUAACCCUGUAAUCAUCAUUCAUGCAAUUUCAUACCAAGUUUAACUUCCUCGGGUUUGGCGCAUAGAAAUCUUUUAAAUUUUAGAUAUGUUAUAUUUUUCAACAUAACAAAGCAACAGACGAAAUAAAAAGUUGUUUGAAUAAGUCUUUAAGCUAUCUUACUUCAACUCUAAAAUUCAAAUUUCGCGCUUUUCGCCGCAUUGACCAAUCAGAUUUAAUUUGAUUAGAGAAAUUAGCGCCUGAAAAAUAACUGACGCUAUUGCCGCGGGCUAUUGUUUUUCUGCCUCCUUCUUAGCUGGACCAUUACUUAAAUGUUAAGUCUUUUUUUCCUCUGCAUGGGAAUAACAGUCUCUAUAUGUUUAUUCUGGUCUCUGGCAGAGGAAAAUUUAACUAAUCACGUCCAUUAUGACUGUGACAAAAGUUGAAUCGAAAUGCGCUGAUCACAUUUAGAGUCUUCAGACCCAAUAAAUCAUAGGUUAAACAAUUAGGUCAUCGUGAUUUAUACAACUAUGCCAAUAACCGCAGUUUAAAAUAUCACAAUGACAAUUGACGUGAUACAACUCACUUUGACUCUGAAGAUGACUCGCAGGUUUUCGAAAGGUCAGUCAAUUUCAACAACAAUCCUAUUCAGAACUACCUGAACUACGCUAACCCGACAGUCAUAUUCUACUAAAACCCCCGAGAAAAUAUUAGCUGGGAUACUUAGGUCGAUUUCCCCCUCUUCCUCACAAGGUGUGAAUAUACGGAAUCCGGAAUCCGGAAUCCAGUUCCUGAAGUUCUGAAAUUCCAGAAUCUAAGACCGUCUUGGAUUACCUUAUGAUCAGAAGCGAUUAAGUGCUAUUCGCUUUUUGUAUUGGCUAGCAGUUAUAUCGUCAUGAAUGACUAACAAAUUAAUUUCGAGUGCUUAGCUACCUAAUAUCAUUCUAUUGAAUAGUAAUCGACGACGCGGGGAAUUAUCGUUGAGAAAAGAGAAAAUCGUUUUGUAAAAGAUUUAACAACGAUGUUGUUUUCGCUGGCCUGUUUGAUCCUUUUGGAUUUAUCCAGUGGUGAGUUUUAAAGUUUAAACUUAUACUUUUAAAGAUGUGUAAAAAGUCACAGUUAAAGAUAAAAUGAUACUAGACAUGUCUUCUUUCAUAAUCACUCACUUUAUGCGGUUAUAAAAGAUUAUGUAUCUUGUUGAUAUAAGUUAAGUGGACUUUUUCAGUCGAGAUAAAGCAAAUUAACACGCCUUUUGUUUUCGAUUUGUUUCAUAAAGUCUCUGUGCUGUUCCACUGGUGGAACUGAGAGAAAUUGCGAAGACGUGCCACAUACGAAGUACUUACUUCAAACGGAAGCAGUUCAUCUUCUGUAACAAGACGAUUCAUAACAAUUCAUGCAUUUAUUCAUGCAGAUUAUAAGUACGCCAUUAUCACCAUUCAUGGCGUGCAUACAUGCAUGGACUCUGGGAUAUUGUCCCUGGAUAUAUGACCCUGUAUAUUUAUGGUCAUAUUAGGCUCGAAUAAAAAAGUCAUUUUUUGUAUUACUAGGUUUCCUGUGGCGAUCAAAGGUCUGCCAUGGGAAAUAUGGCUGCUUUUACCGACAUCGACAUCUUCUGGUGCGGCUUCCACAGCGACCAUCUCGGGUUGGAACAUCUUUUCAUCUGUUUACCAGGAACAACAGGCAGAUUGCGCAGAGCAUUGAUGACAGAGACGUAACUAAGCUCAAAAAAUCAUUUUUCAAGAUUCAAAGACAAACGAUUCUCCUUGUUCAUGGGUUUACAGUUACAGGUGAAAGCAUGAACUAGUUUAUGUCCAAAUAUGAACAUUUAUCAACAUUUUGUGAAGGUCUAAAAGACGGAAAAACAUGAUGGUGAUCUAACAAGGCGUUCAGCCGCCCAGAAGCUUAGACGCAUGUCAACCGGAAGACGCGUGUCAACCAGAAGUGAGGUCUUUUUCAUUUUAAAUACCUUGAAGCUAACAAAUUGGUAUUUAGUAUCUUUACUAUUAUAAAGAAGAUUUGUCAAAAAAUUUGGGCAAAACCACCGUCCAAAAAUGAAAAAAAAGAAAAAAAUCCACUUCCGGUUGACGAGCGUCGCUGAAAAACGUCUUUGCUUAAGUUCACUAUUAUCCGGGGGGACUCCCCAUAUGAAAGGGGUGGGGAUGCUCGUCGUCCCGCUUAGGGGUAUAAAUUUCGGAUUUUGGUCUCACUUAGGGUGUUCUGGGCAAAACGCCAUCAUAUUUAUAUUUAGCCGUGAAGGACUCGUUUAGGGUUGCACGCGAAAAAGUAUAAAAAUAUAUUUAUAUUGUCUGUGUUUGACAUGGUCUCUUUUAGGGGUCAAAAAAAGCUUGGGCCCCGCCCAGAUCGGUCUCCUUUAGGGGUUUAAUUCAAAAUUACCGACGAGCAUCCCCACCCCUUUCAUAUGCGGAGUCCCCCGGGACUAUUAUCUGUUUCGGAGAAGUACUCUUUUGUAAAAAAAAACACCGACAUAUUGUGUAUCAAGAGAUUAAAAUAAGGACUUUUAUUUGCGAGUGUUAGAACAUCCACCAGCGACGCAACGGUGUGGCAUUAUAAAAUUAUUCUCGAAAUAUCAACCAUGAAAUCCUGAUUGACUGUUCAAAACAGACCGGAAACCUAGACACCACGUUGUAAACUCUUGCUACCCCGAUCUUCUUUCUACAUGAUUUCCGGUUUCUAGCUGUGGCACAAAAUUUGAAUUGCGUGACGAGAAACUUCUCGUUUUCUGGGAAAUACAGACGGACUAGACAUUUCCCUUUCUCAAAAUCUCUUAAUAAGGCCAAAAGCUAUCUUUGCGUAAAAUUGCCGUUUUGGGUAUAGAUAUCUUUACACCUCCUCGCGAGGUGGUUUUUAACCUAUCUGGUUAAGAAAUUCUAUUAUUCUUUCUUGAUUUGCAUAACCCGUUUAGAACUCGAUUAAGACUGUAGAAAACCCGGCCGCACUCGCAGUUUUGUUAAAAGAGUUAACUUUAAUUAGAUGAAUUGGAAAUAACUCGGUUACAUGUCCCCAAUUGCGGCCGAAACCUUAAAUUCAGACUUAGUUUAAAAUAUAACUUCAUUUGAUUAAGUUUGCUUCUUUAAAAAGGCAGCACCAAGGCCUUUAAUAUCCAAAUGAAAGAUGCACUGCUGAAUCGUAAAGACCUGAAUGUCAUACUAGUAGACUGGUCAAAAGGUGCUGGCUUCCCAUAUGGGCAGGCUUCAGGGAAUACUCGACUUGUUGGGGCUCAGAUAGCAGAACUCAUAAGGUUCCUAAUCACCAGUACGAAGAGCCCUUCCAGCUUUGCUCAUCGAUUCUACAUCGUGGGGCACAGCCUUGGAGGUCACACAGCAGGAUAUGCCGGGAGCUAUUUGCGGGCUCGCGGAAUGCGUUUGGGCCGGAUAACAGGUAAAUAGUCAAACUUGCGUUAAAAUGAACAAGUCAAGAAAAAAAAAGCGAUAUAAAGGUAGCACAUCCACGUAGUGGUUCUUCGCCUAAAUCAUUCCUGGUCGAGUUGGAGUAAGAAAAUGUUGGUUUUUGAGGGGAGGGGAAGACCGGAGAAGCCCGCGCGCGGAACUUGAAAACCUCUCGGAGCACUAACGAGAGAACCAAUAACACUAACGUACACUAAUCAUUUGAUAAUCAUUUUUAAAGGUUUAGAUCCCGCUAGCCUGUACUUUGAAAACGCCCGGACGAGCUUUCGACUUGAUAAAAGUGAUGCCCUGUAUGCAUGUUGAUGUCAUCCAUACCGACGCUGGGUUUUACGGGACAACUACAACAAGCGGGAACAUAGACUUUUAUCCAAAUGGCGGGAAGAACCAGCCAGGCUGCCCUUUUAACAUAAUUCGUAAGUGAUCUUCGAUCAGACAAUUAUUAGCCAUUGGAAAUAUUAUGUCUGAUGAUUGGCUUAAAUCUUUCAGCUAGUUUAGCCGUUUAUAACCAGUUAGGACUGACAGCAAGUGGAAGAUUUUACUCAUGAUUGUUUAACUGUGAACGAUAAUAAGGCAAAAUGGCUUUUUGAGGAAAUACUGGUUAUUUGCGCCUUUCUAGCUUGUGGUUUUGUGAUAUGAAAUAUUUUAACCUCAGACUGUGCCCCCACUGAAUAUGUUACGUAUUAUAACCCUGAUAACCCUCGCUUAUAAUAUUUUUUUGCCAAAUGUCAUUUAAGGCGAGGAAUAUACUUUGCAAUUGCUCUUUAUAUGUGUCUCUUUUUUCAUUCUUUAUUAAGACCCAUGUGACCACAUGAGGGCACUAAAGUACUACAUCGAGUCUGUGAAAAGAUCUUGCACCUGGAGGGCGUAUCCGUGUGUUAACUAUGACACAUUUAAGAGAGGGAGUUGCCGUAGCUGUAAUGGUGCAUGUCCACGCAUGGGUUAUGAUGCUGAUCUUACUAAAAGGACAGGAAAGUUCUUCUUAAAAACAACCUCGAAUGCUCCUUUUUGCUGUAAGUGUGCUCUUUUAUAG